AUGUUGCCGGUGGAACACCCUUUCGCUGCACCUCAGCGUGCGAGCCCCCUGCCUCUUUCCCUGGCAUCAGCCAGUAGAAGCGAAGAUCUUCAGUGGGUGGGCGAGCCCACAUCUGGGUCAACUUCUGCCCUCAGAGAUCUCAAUCCAGUCAUCUUCCGGCCUCAGACCCUCCAGUCUGUCCAUCCCCCAGCCGCAGAACUUCCACUUGGACCGUACACGCGCCAGGGCAGUGGCGCCCCGGCCCCCAGUUCCGGAGCCACUGUCUUCGCGCUGAGCUCCGGCCAAGGCCGCUGCGGCAUCGCGGUGAUCCGAACCAGCGGCCCCGCCAGCGGCCAGGCCCUCCGGAGCCUCACGGCGCCCCGGGACCUACCCCCGGCCCGCAAAGCCUGCCUGCGCCUGCUCAGCGACCCCCGCUCUGGGGAGCCUUUGGACCGCGCGCUGGUGCUUUGGUUCCCGGGUCCCCAGAGUUUCACGGGUGAGGAUUGCGCGGAGUUCCACGUGCAUGGAGGCCCGGCUGUGGUGAGUGGUGUCCUGCAGGCCCUGGGCAGUGUGCCAGGGCUGCGGCCUGCGGAGGCAGGCGAGUUCACCAGGAGGGCGUUUGCCCACGGGAAGCUGAGCCUGACCGAGGUGGAGGGGCUGGCGGAUCUGAUCCAUGCAGAAACCGAGGCACAGCGGCGACAGGCCCUGAGGCAGCUAGAUGGGGAGCUGAACCAUCUCUGCCGCGGCUGGGCCGAGACCCUCACUAAGGCUCUGGCCCACGUGGAGGCCUAUAUCGAUUUUGGUGAGGAUGACAACCUGGAGGAGGGCGUCCUGGAUCAAGCUGACAGUGAAGUGCGGGAGCUGGAGGUGGCACUGGGCGCACAUCUUCGAGAUGCCAGGCGCGGACAGAGGCUCCGCUCAGGGGCUCAUGCAGUGGUUGUGGGACCUCCCAACGCCGGCAAGAGCAGCCUAGUGAACCUGCUCAGCCGGAAGCCUGUGUCCAUCGUGUCCCCGGAGCCGGGGACCACCCGAGAUGUGCUGGAGACCCCCGUGGACCUGGCCGGGUUCCCGGUGCUGCUGAGCGACACGGCGGGGUUGCGGGAGGGCGUGGGGCCUGUGGAGCAGGAGGGCGUGCGGCGCGCCCAAAAAAGGCUGGAGCAGGCUGACCUCAUCCUGGCCGUGCUGGAUGCUUCUGACCUGGCCUCUCCGUCCAGCUGCAACUUCCUGGACACCGUUGUCAUCCCUGCGGGAGCCGGGAGUCCAAAUGGGAGCAACCAGCGCCUCCUGCUGGUGCUGAAUAAGUCGGACUUGCUGCCAGCUGGGGGCCCAGAUCCCAGUCCUGACCUGCCCCCUCACCUGUUGCUGUCCUGCCUGACUGGCGAUGGGCUGGAUGGCCUCCUGGAAGCGCUGAGGAAGGAGCUGGCUGCAUUGUGUGGGGACCCAUCCACAGACCCACCACUUCUGACACGGGCAAGGCACCAGCAUCACCUCCAGGGCUGCCUGGAUGCCCUUGGCCACUACAAACAGGCGAAAGACUUAGCCCUGGCUGCCGAAGCACUUCGGGUCGCCCGAGGGCACCUGACCCGCAUCACCGGUGGAGGGGGCGCUGAGGAGAUCCUGGAUAUCAUCUUCCGAGACUUCUGCGUGGGCAAGUGAGGGGGCGGCCAAAGCUCAGACCCAGGCUGGGUGGACACCCAGAAGCCUUGAGGCAUCUGGGAACAGCUUAGGCCAAGCGGGAGUCUCAGCCCCUAGGGGAAGAACUUGACCCCAAACGGUGAAGCCUCUGUUGCUGGUUGUGACCAAGCUACGGCUGUCCAGAUUCCCUAGCAGGGACUUGCUGGGGGUUCAGGCCCAGGAGUGGGGCUGAAUGGAGGUCUCUUUUGGUACCUGAUGCUGGGUGACUAGGAGUGGAGAGUUGGGAUGGAGGUCAGAGGGUCUCAGGGGUCUUUGUUUCAUAGUUUUUAAUUUAUUUUGCAAAUACCAAAGGAAUGUAAAAAACUCAGGUGAUGGAAACGUUUAAACACCCCCUCCCUGCGGUCACGGCUUAACUUGUAUACUUCCAGAACUUUCUCUGCAUGUUUGCAUACUUGUGACUGCACCUAUAAAGUAUGUUG